AUGCAAACCUUCAAGUCCCUCAUCCCCUUCCUCCUGACUGUCAGUCUUGCAGUCAACGCAGAAACAACUUCCUGCGUUACCUCAACCAAGACCUUUCCAACCAUCACCUCCAUCAUUGUCGAGCCGACCAGUACUUGGUCUGGUAACGGCACAGGUGGUGGUCUUGGACCUCAUACCGUGUAUACCACUGAGUAUCACGAGUUCUGCUCCACGGGUCUGCGUGUGCAUACCUACACCAUCACGGAGGCAUGCCACAAGGAAAAGUGUCAGCCUCGCACUACUGGUGUUCCGCCUGGCUUUACCUCAACUGUUACUGUUUGUAACUCUUGUGGUUCUGAGCCCAUCACUGCGACGCUGACUGUCCCGUGCCCUGAGGCUACACCUACCAAGGGAUCUGGCGAGGACUUCGAGCCUCCCAAGCCGCAGCCUGAGCACUGUGAGACAUGCCACGAGCAGGGUGAGCCUUCUGGCAAGCCUCCGGUCCAGCCCCAACCUGUUCCAUCUGCCCCAGCUGUCAAGCCAGUUCCUUCGGGUCCUCAGCCAGAAGAAUGCACCACGUGCGGCCGACUCAAGCCUUCAUCUGCUGCUCCUCCUCAGCCCCCCAAACCAACCAACAAUCCUGGCGAGGACAAGCCAGAGCACCCCAACUCCCCUGCUUGCACCACUUGCGGCACUUCAGGACAACAGUCGCAACCCCCUGCUCAGCCCAACCCUCCUUCUGCAUGCACUACUUGCGGUGCUGGAGGAGAAGCUCCUCAACCCCCUUCAUCUAUGGCAACUUCAGUGGCUCCCAACCCCUCAGGAGAGAAGCCUGCUACUAGCCCUACCAGUGGCCCUGCUCCCGGAGAACCAUCUGUUAUCACUGCUGGCGCUGCCAAGGCCUCUUACGUUGAACUGGGCCUUCUUGGUAUCUUUGGGUUUGGAUUCAUCCUGUUGGGGCUCCCUCUGUAG